AUGCCUUCAAACACUGAUAGCAGCAACAAGCAGAGGAUGAACAUGCAUGAGCAUGCUUGCAACAAGAACAGAAGUCUCAGACUUCCCGUGCUGGGAGAUGCCCUGCGACCCUCUCCUCAAGCACUUGUCAAGCGCAAGGGGGAUGGAGGAAGCCUGAACAUCUCCCAGAGUUCUGCAGAUCAUCCCGUCGCAACUGAAAUCGCCGCUCUGAUCAAGCAGGAGACUCUUGUGGGCGACUACUUGGAGGACGAAGACAUAGCCAACGCUGAAGGAGCUGAAGUUGUAGCUGACCACAGCCCGAUGUGCGUCGAGAUGAACAUCAUCGUGGCAGUGGAAAUGUCCACCGUGCCCUUCAAGACCUUCAAGUUCGAUGGCAUCCUUGGCCUCAGCUUGGACGGCCUGGCCAUGAAUCGGAACUUCAGCACCUUUGACAUGCUGGUGCGGAAUGGAAUGGCUCGGCAGCCCCAUUUCGGUGUUUUCCUGACCGACAACGAGGACGUUGAGCCGUCUGAGGUAGCCUUCGGUGGUGCCGACUCACGGCGCAUGCUUGAGCCGGUGAGCUGGAGCGAGGUCUACAUGCCGGAGCUCGGCUACUGGAUUGUGCCCAUUCUGGCCGUUCGUGUGGGUGGUGUGGAGCUGGACUUCUGCAAGGAUGGCACUUGCCGCGGAGUCGUGGAUACUGGCACCAGCCAUUUGGGUGUCCCGGGGCCUUACGACAAGGAGCUGUCGCAGAUGCUUCAGGUCGAUGCAGGGGAUCUCCUCGAUUGCCGGCUCGCGAAGAGCCCAAAUGUGGAAAUCGAUUUGCCCGGGAAGACCAUCGAGCUCCUCCCCGCAAGCUACAUGCGCAGGCUGCCACUGCGCGAGGGCGUCUCCGUAAGCUCCGAGAAAGGAGUCACUGUGGAGGACGAGACUGACAAGAGAAAGAAGAACACAAAGGCCAAAGCAGCCCCGCGACCCGGCUACCACCUCGUCCACGUUGGGCCCAACAAGAACCACACGGCAGGUUCGACGAAGUGUAUCAGGCCGGUUCACGCAGUGAAGUGCCAUCCGGAAGCCGCCAACAAGCGCAGCGACAUCUACACUGACAAGUUCACAGUAUCGUCCAAAGGCGAGGACAUCUGUGUCGAACGAGUGGAUCAACCAGGAUCUUGGGGAUUGGACCUGGAGUUCCUCUGCCCGAAUCCCCACACCGCUGGCCUCGAAGGGCCCCAGCAGAAAGGCGCGGAGGCGAUCUACGUUGGUCGGCAAGACGGCACCGAGAAGUGUGUGCAGCCUUUUGCCGAGGUGACAUGCGAGGACACCGAGCAGUUCCGGGUCCGCAAGAAGGACAACCAGAUCUGUGUAACUCCACGCAACAACCCGAGUGAGAUCGAGGAGGCUGACCUCGUCCUUCGAUGCAAGGAGGUGGUCCACCCAGGCUUCGAAAACAUGGAGGAGCUGGUGAUUGGCAGCCACUUUGGUGAGCAGCCCGAGAAGUGUAUCCAGCCUCCCGUUCCUGUGACUUGUGACGUGGAUGCAGCCAACCGGCGAAAGGACCAGUUUCCGGAUCGCUUCGAGGUAUCCGCCAAGCAGGAGAAGAUCUGCGUCAAGAGGAUCGAUGGGAACAGCCAGCAGUGGGGCCUGAACCUAGUGAUCCACUGCAGAUCGCUCACUGAGACAGUCGAGGACGGCGAGGCAACGAGGCCUGCAGAGAACGCCGAAGCUUCCGGCGAGGGCGCAGACAAGGCCAAGGAAGGCACCGGGUCACCUGGCUCGCAAGAUGCAGCGGCCGCAUCAGAAGCGAAGGACUCCAAGGAAGAGGGCAAGGACGAGGCCAAGGAUGAAGCGAAGCAAGAGGAGAAGGCGGACAAGGACGCCAAAGAGAAGGGCAAGGAGGAGGCAGCGAAGGAGGACGAGGGCCCAGUGAAGCGCAACUGCAGCCCGCGGGUCAUGGCCGUGAACCUUCCGGCACCUUUGGGCCCAAAGCUCUUCAUCCUCGGCGAGCCGGUGCUUCACAGAUACUACACCGUCUAUGACUGGGAGCAGAAGAGGGUCGGCUUCAGCUUGGCGAACACCCAGCGCAACACUAUGGACCUGUCGCAGCUGGGACGGGGAGCCCUACCCAAGGAGGUUGACAUGCUGUUGAUGCAACGGCAGAUCGAGGUCACGAGGCCGCGAACACCCCUGGAAGGCUACUGA